GGAGGGGCAGCAGCCAGAGAGCACUUGCUGGGGCUGAGGGCGCAGGCUCGGAGGGGCGUGUGGUCGCCAGAAGGCCGGGAAGAUGAUAUUAACCGUGUUCUUGAGCAACAAUGAACAGAUUUUAACAGAAGUUCCUAUAACACCAGAAACAACAUGUCGAGAUGUGGUAGAAUUUUGCAAGGAACCUGGAGAAGGCAGUUGCCAUUUAGCUGAAGUGUGGAGGGGAAAUGAGCGUCCCAUACCCUUUGAUCACAUGAUGUAUGACCAUCUUCAGAAGUGGGGGCCACGCAGGGAAGAAGUGAAAUUUUUCCUUCGACAUGAGGAUUCCCCAACCGAGAGCAGUGAGCAAGGUGCCCGGCAGACCCGAGAGCAGAAGGCUCCGAGAAACGCCGCGAACGUGCCUGUGGAGCAGCGCGCGGAAAACGGCGUGGGAAAUCCACGCGCGGAGCUGACCCUCUCCGAGCUCCAAGACAUGGCCGCCAGGCAGCAGCAGCAGAUUGAAAAUCAGCAGCAAAUGUUGGUUGCCAAGGAACAACGUUUACAUUUCCUGAAGCAGCAGGAGCGCCGUCAGCAGCAGUCUCUCUCUGAAAAUGAAAAGCUUCAGAAAUUGAAAGAGCGAGUCGAAGCCCAGGAAAACAAGCUGAAGAAAAUCCGUGCCAUGAGGGGACAAGUGGACUACAGCAAAAUCAUGAACGGCAACCUGUCUGCUGAAAUAGAAAGGUUCAGCGCCAUGUUCCAGGAAAAGAAGCAGGAAGUACAGACGGCAAUAUUAAGAGUUGAUCAGCUCAGUCAGCAACUGGAAGAUUUAAAGAAAGGGAAGCUGAGCGGGCUCCAGUCUUACAACGGCAAGCUGGCGGGACCGGCGGCGGCAGAGCUGAAGAGACUGUACCAGGAGCUUCAGAUUCGCAAUCAGCUGAACCAGGAGCAGGCCUGCAAGCUGCAGCAGCAGCAGGAGCUCCUGAACAAGCGCCACGUGGAGGCGGCCGCCAUGGACAGGCGGAUCAGCGAGCUGCGGGAGCGCCUCUGCGGGAAGAAAGUCCAGCUGAGCCGUGUGAAUGGCACGUCGUCUCCACAGUCGCCGCUCGGCACACCUGGCAGGGUCGCCGCGGUGGGGCCCUACAUCCAGGUCCCCAGUGCCGGCGGCUAUCCUGUCCCGGCGGACCCUGUAAAGCCCCAGUCUCUCACUAUCGCCUCAAAUGCUGCCCACGGAAGAUCCAAAUCCGCCAAUGAUGGAAACUGGCCAACGUUAAAACAGAAUUCCAGUUCUUCAGUGAAGCCGCCGCAGAGCGCCAGUGUGGACUGGAAGGACCCGAGCGUGGAGGGUCCUCUCAAGCCAGGGGCCGUCUCGAGCCAGCCUGUGCCCUUGUCCACUUUAGGAGCCACGGAAAAGCUGGGCAUCGAGAUCAGUAAAGUGCCACCGCCCCUCCCUGGCGCUGGCAAGCAGCUGCCUCCAAGCUACGGAACCUACCCGAGCCCCGCGCCCAUGGGCCCCGGGUCCACACACUCCCUGGAGAGGAGGAAGGAAGGCAGCCUGCCCAGGCCCGGUGCAGGCCCGCCCGGCCGGCCGAAGCCCGGCCCGCUGCCCACCCCGGGCGGCCACACGCCCACCUCCUCACAGCAGAUCCAGCAGAGGAUCUCCGUGCCGCCAAGUCCCACGUACCCGCCGGCCGGGCCGCCUGCCUUCCCCGCUGGGGACGGCAAACCUGAACUCCCACUGACUGUGGCCAUUAGGCCCUUUCUGGCUGAUAAAGGGUCAAGGCCACAGUCCCCCAGGAAAGGACCCCAGACAGUGAAUUCAAGUUCCAUAUACUCCAUGUACCUCCAGCAGGCCACGCCUCCGAAGAAUUACCAGCCGGCGGUGCACAGCACCUUAAAUAAGUCUGUUAAAGCAGUGUACGGUAAACCCGUUUUACCAUCCGGUUCAACGUCCCCAUCGCCAUUACCGUUUCUUCACGGGUCAGCGGCCACGAGCACGUCACAGCCCCAGCCGCCUCCGGAAAGUGCUGAGAAAGAGCCAGAGCCCGACAGCCCUGCCCCUCCCGGGGACGGCGGCACCGGCACGGGCACCGUGGAGAGCCUGCCGCGACCGCUCAGCCCCACCAAGCUCACGCCCAUCGUGCACUCGCCGCUGCGCUACCAGAGCGACGCCGACCUGGAGGCGCUGCGCCGGAAGCUGGCCAAUGCGCCCCGGCCCCUGAAGAAGCGCAGCUCCAUCACAGAACCCGAGGGCCCCGGGGGGCCCAACAUCCAGAAGCUGCUGUACCAGCGCUUCAACACCCUGGCCGGUGGCAUGGAGGGCACCCCUUUCUACCAGCCCGGCUCCUCGCAGGACUUCAUGGGCACCCUGGCCGACGUGGACAAUGGAAAUACCAAUGCCAACGGGAACCUGGGAGAGGCCAGCCCUGCCCAGCCCACAGCCCCACUCCCCGCCGAGCCUGCCCCGGCCUCGGACGCCAAUGACAAUGAGCUCCCUUCCCCUGAACCGGAGGGGCUCAUCCGCCCCCAAGGCACCCACCAAAUGGCUGAGCCUGCCGAGGAUGACAACAACAAUGUGGCCACGGUCCCAUCCACGGAGCAGGUCCCCAGCCCUGGGGCUGAGGCCCCCUCACCAGGGGAAGACCAAGCCCCCCCACCGCUGCCCCCCAGCGUGCCCCUGCCUGGAGCCUCCACGCAGAGCAAACGGACCAACUUGAAGAAGCCUAACUCGGAGCGAACGGGGCACGGGCUGAGAGUUCGGUUCAAUCCCCUGGCACUGCUUCUAGAUGCUUCUCUGGAAGGAGAGUUUGACCUGGUGCAGAGGAUCAUCUAUGAGGUGGAAGACCCCAGCAAGCCCAACGACGAAGGCAUCACCCCGCUGCACAACGCCGUCUGCGCCGGCCACCACCACAUCGUGAAGUUCCUGCUGGACUUCGGGGUCAACGUGAACGCCGCCGACAGCGAUGGCUGGACGCCGCUGCACUGCGCCGCCUCUUGCAACAGCGUCCACCUCUGCAAACAGCUGGUGGAGAGUGGUGCCGCCAUCUUUGCCUCAACCAUCAGCGACAUUGAAACCGCCGCGGACAAGUGUGAGGAGAUGGAGGAAGGCUACAUCCAGUGCUCGCAGUUCCUCUAUGGGGUGCAGGAGAAGCUGGGCGUGAUGAACAAGGGCGUGGUGUAUGCCCUGUGGGGCUACGAGGCCCAGAACGGCGACGAGCUGUCCUUCCAUGAGGGGGAUGCCAUCACCGUCCUCAGGCGCAAGGACGAGAGCGAGACCGAGUGGUGGUGGGCCCGCCUCGGCGACCGGGAGGGCUACGUGCCCAAAAACCUGCUGGGGUUGUAUCCACGGAUCAAACCCCGGCAGCGAACACUGGCCUGAGCUUCCGUCCGGGGCGCUGCCCGGGCCCGCCCGCCGCGAGGAGCCUGCUCCGCCGUCUCUCCAGGAAAGCCGAAGCCGGACGCGGGUUACAAUGGUGCUCACUUGCGCAGACAGCAUCCACAAUGUGAAUCCCUGCAGUUCCCCGGGGAGGCCCUUUCUUCAGUUUGCCCGUAACUGGGAGAGGUACUUUUGCCUCCAAGAAGACUGAAUUUUGCCAAUUACUGUAAAUCCAAAUAAAUAUCCAGCUUUCUAAACAGCUA